CUUUAGGGGGCUGACAGGAGCCAGUUUCUUCAGUGUGUUUGAGGGAGCAGAGGAGAAACUUUGGUGCUGAUUUAAUUCGUUUUUUUGGGCAAACAAAGGGAUGGAAAGCUGUCUGACACUUAUUUUAUUGUCUUCACUGGUUACACUCACCACUGCUAACAGUGUGAAUGUGAGGCUGGUGAAUGGUGACAGUCGCUGUGCUGGACGAGUGGAGGUUCUUCAUGAUGGUCAGUGGGGAACAGUGUGUAACUGGGACUGGGAUCUGACUGAUGCUGCAGUGGUGUGUAGAGAGAUGAGCUGUGGAGAGGCUUUACAAGCACCAGGAUAUUCUUACUUUGGACCUGGAUCAGGAAAAAUCUGGAUGGAUGGAGUGCAGUGUGAAGGAUCAGAGUCUACACUGAAGGACUGUAGAUCAAAUGGAUGGGGUAAACAUCGUAGCAUCUGUAACGGUCAUAAUUAUGAUGCUGGAGUCAGAUGCUCAGAAACCAUAAACUAUGGACGAUUUACAAGACUUGCUGAUGGACCUCACCAGUGCUCCGGGAGGUUAGAGGUGCUUUAUGGGAACACAUGGUACGCAGUGUGUGACGCUGCCUUUGACCAGCAGGAUGCAGAGGUUGUGUGUAGAGAGCUGGACUGUGGGGCUCCUGUACAGGUGCUGGGAGCAGCUGCUUUUGGCAAAGGAGACGCUCAGAUGUGGACACAAGAGAUUCAGUGCAGAGGAGAUGAAUCAACCAUUAGAUUGUGUCCAACUUCAAAUGACACAAAUUGCUCUCAAGACAACAACGUGGGAUUGAUAUGUUCUGGUUACACUGAUCUCAGACUGGUCAAUGGUCCUGACAUCUGUUCUGGUCGAGUUGAACGUCAGUACUUCAGUAAAAGGGGCACAGUGUGUGAUGCAUGCUGGGAUAUGAGAGCUGCCAGUGUCCUCUGUAGACAGCUGAAUUGUGGGAUUGCUGUGUCUGUUGUGGGAUCAGACUGGUUUGGAGAGGGAAGUGGUGAAAUCUGGGCUGAUGUGUUUGAUUGUGACGGGAAUGAAAGAAAACUCUCAGAAUGUUCCAUCUCUUCAUGGAGUCGAGCUGAAUGUUCUCAUAGACGAGAUGUUGGAGUCAUCUGCUCUAGUGAGUCCAUUAACUGUGAGAUUUACUAAUAUUAUGUUUCUGAUAGACUUAACCUUAUACAAUAUACAGUACUUGUUCCCUAUACAUGUACUUUUUUAGACUUUAG